GACAGUAGCGUUACCAUUCGUGAUGAAAUGGACGUCUGAAGAAAUUUUGUAUCGCAGUGAAUUUUGUUUAUAUCUCCGAUAAUCUACGCUAAAAACUUUUGUAAUCACUUUUAAAAGCGUCCUUUUGCAACAAAGAUGUAGUAUCAUUAAAAGUUAAGUGUGGAAAACGUUAGUUUAAUGUAUAAUACGCGUUUCACUCAAUGACUGAAUUCAGGCAAAAGAAAAUUGAUUGCUAUAGGCGAACUUAAGUUAAAAUAUCGAGUUUUUUGUUGUUAUAUUAAGUUUAUAUUGUGUGGUAAUAUAAUUAAUAUUGUUUUAUUCUACGUUAUAAGUGUAAAAUAGUGGUUUAUUUAAGUGUUUGUUGUUUUUACAUGGAUAUUUAUAAUACAGCUUAACAAACCGCAAGUGAAUAAAGAAUAUAAAUCAAGUAAUAUGGCGUUAUGUGAGAGCCAGUUGGACUCCGCCCUGCCUCAAUUGAAGAGGGAAGAGUCACCGAACAGCGAGGGCAGUCAGAAACCGAGCCCUGACAAGAAACCUAAAAUGGAUCACAACGGAGAAAUAUAUGGAUUAAAUCAAGUGCCUAGCGGGUUGCCGCUGACUGUGGACUACCGGUCGCCAGUGUCUCACUUCGUGCCGCCAGAGCUGUACGCGCCGAGACCCAAACAAGAGCCUAUAAGCAGCGCGAGUUCCUACACUCCGGAGUCGAGCGAGCCUCCGACGCCCGUCAAAAGGAAGCGUGGCAGGCCCAGGGUGGACAAGACCAGCCCUGAAUACCUCGCCAAUCUCGCAGCUCGGAAACAAGCCAAAGAAAUGGCGGCUAUGAUGAAUAGUAGUCGUACCCCGGAGAGUGGGGAAAAACGUAAGCGGGGACGUCCACGCGUGGACAAAACGAGCCCAGAAUAUCUAGCUAGAAAAAGAGCUAGGGAGUUAGAUGGAACUGCAUCGCCUGAAGAAGCGUUGGAGAGAAAAGCCAAACGUGAAUAUAAACGUCGAGCUACAGGAGCUAAAGUAUCGAAAACGUCACUGCCACUCGCGUCGCGCAUCAAAAAACGCACGAUACCGGCGAAUAAAAAAAAGAACAAUGUUGCCAUGAGAAAAAUCCCAGCGAAAACUGGCAACACUGUCCGCAAGGUCGGGGAUAAAAAGGUUUUAGUGAGACGUUCGAAUAAAUUUAUAAAGAGGAAAGAUUCAGCGGCUUCAUCGUCUGCGGGUGAGACGACGCCUCGAACCAAAAGAAAAUACACAAAAAGGAAUCCCAGCACUAAGAAGGAUGCUAAUCCGUCGACGGAACGCGUGAAAGGCAAGCGCGGCAGGCCGCGGAAGGUGGACCAACUCGCAGCCAACAACAAAGUGCAACAGCAACCUAAGAUACGUGUAAGAAACAACCUGAUGCCCGAAGUAUCUGAACCGAUCACACUGGACAGCGAUGACGAGCCUGAUCUCGGAUCCCCCAGCCAGGCAUCUGACUCCCUCAGUCUGGAUGAGAACCUGCGAGCCCUCAGACACAUCCACGAGAAAUACGCCAAUAUUGACAAGGAUGAUCUAUACGACACACACCUGUUGGCUGUGAACUUCAAGAAGCCGCUGGACUCUCAGAGGAGGGACGAUGAUGAAGUACUCUCCGUGAGGAGCUCGGAGGGAUGUGCGUCAGUCAAGGAGAUGGAGACUCGAGUGGAGAAACUGGAGGACAGUUCCAACUCAGACUCGGACAGCAGUAGUUCCGGAUCCGAACGUCGCCCGGUUCCCUCACAAAGCACCUCUGGAUCUCGUAAUGUGCGAAGCAGCAGUUCAAGUUCCGGUUCAUCGAGUUCGUCGAGUUCCGACUCGUCUAGUUCGUCUGAUAGCUCGGACAGCGAGUCCGAGUCGGGCGAUGAGAAACUAAAGACUGAACCAAAACCCGCGGCCAAUCAUCCGGUACACGAGGAUGAUAGAUCAUUUGGUGAAUGGUCCAACAGCGGUGCUAUGUCCGACACCGGAUCCGACUCGGAUCCGGAACGGUCAGCGGAUCCGGCGGCACCGACUUCACACGACGAAAUCAGCGAGUCGGAGAACGAAUCCGCUGACAAAAGCUUCCAAUGUCAUAUCUGCUCCAAAUGGUAUUCUACGAGGGUCACUCUCAAAAUCCAUCGCCGCGUCCACCAAAACCGCGGCGGCGGCAACUCGCGGUCGCGCGCGCGCUCCUCGGAGCGGUACGAGUGCGACUGCUGCAGCGAAACGUUCAACCGGCGCGAGAAACUAUGGGAACACAAAGCGGAGGCGCACCGCGGCGCGAUGACGGUCCGCUGCGAGGUGUGCCGCAAGUGCUUCGAGGACGACGCCGAGCUCGCCGCGCACGACCGGACACAUACCGCCGACGAGAGGGCCGGUCGUUGCCGUAUCUGCGGCGCGUCGUUCCCGCGCUACGAGCAGUUGCGGCGGCACGCGCAGUGCGCGCACGGCGCGGGGCGCCUGCCGCACGCCUGCACCACGUGCGGGAAGCGGUUCUCGCACGCACACUCGCUCACCCGCCACAUGCACAACCACACCAAGCAACUCUACCGCUGCGUCGUCUGCAAGGCGUCGUUCGCGCGCGCCGACCAGCUCGCCCAGCACCUGAACAGUCACCUCGCGAACUACAAACGUCUGAAGCCUUGAGCGGCGCUCGGCGAGGCGGGGGCGUGCAAGCACAUAAUAUAUCAACACUAUUAUUAUUAUAUUAUAUUAAUAUAGAGUUUUAUUUA